UCUAUCUGUCAGUUUUGUGAUUAUCUUGGAAAAUUGGAAAAUGGAUAAUGGCUGAUAGUUUGACAAAUAUUUCAGCUUGAUAGAAAAUUAUCAACAACUUCCUUUUACCAGUUUAUGGGUAUUCCAAUAGAAUUCAUCUAUAGGAUUUUAAAAUCAGUUCGUAUACAAGAGGCGCGGCACAUUGCCUUAUUACAUCAUUAAAAAACAAAUCGGCGUCCAUGUGAAAAACUGUUUUCAAACAUCGAGAGGUGAUAUUUACAGUGGAAGAAUUAUGUAUUCAGUGCAGUAAUUAGUAAAUUCAGCGUUAUGCCUUGAAAGGAGCGCUAGGCAUGCUGGACACAAGACACUCUGUAAAUAGUAGUGGAUAGGUUAGUGGUUAUUCCCGCAUUAAACCAAUAAAAUGGGGACUCAGAAUGCGACAGAAAGUGAAUUCAACGUGCUACAGUUCGAGAAACAGUUGAUGACUCUGAAAGACUCUCAAGAAGCCAUCAACCACUGCUGCCAAUGGUGUUUACAGAACAGAGGGCAUCACAAAAAGAUUGUCAGUUCUUGGUUGAAUGUGUUGAAGAGGGUGAAAGUAGAGCAAAGACUGAUUUUGUUCUAUCUAGCUAAUGAUGUUGUACAGUAUUCUAAGAGGAGAAAUUAUGAAUAUGUUGAGAGUUGGGGGACUGCUUUGCAGAAAGCUACUACUAUGGUUCGGGAUGAUAAAGUGAAGAACAAGAUUCUGAGGAUAUUUAAAAUUUGGGAGCAGAGAAAUGUAUAUAAUGAAGAGUUCAUAUCUGAUUUGUGUGGGCUUCUCAGUAUCACACCAACUGCUCAAAAAUCUGAUGAGCCACAUGAGUUUCAGCCAUCAUAUGUGAUAAAUAAAAUAAAAAUUUGCACAAAGCUGGAAAGAGACACAGACACCAAGCUGAAGCUUCUGAAAGAGCACAACCCAAAAAUUCAGAUUGACGAUGGUCUCAUUGGAUCUCUAAAAGAUCGAGCUCAUGUUGAUGAUGUUGAGAAGGAGGUGGAAGUGUAUGUGAAGCAUAUGGAAGAGUACAUCAGUGCAUUGAAAUUGGAAAUAAAGAAUAGAAUAACACUAAUAGGUGUAUUGAAACAGGCUGAUACUCAGUUGGAAGCUGAUAGGAAAGAUGUAAAAGUUGUAGCAAAUGCGUACAAGAUGUUUGGCACAAGGGUGAAAACUUUCCAAAGAAAGUUGGAUGAGCAUAAAGCUACUUUGACCAGCCCCAUACCAUCACCAGAUAUCAAUGCACCGUCACCUAGUCCUGAUUCUGACAUUGAUCUCCCAGAUGAACCUCCUGCAUUGAAAAAAAUAGCUGAGCCUGAAACGGCAGAACCUGCUGAAGAAGAAGAACAAGGAUACAAUCCAAAAGCUGAUCUGGAGAAGAGGAUAAAAGAGCAACAGCAGGUACAAUACACCAAUGCCGGAUUUUACAAUGUUGCCACGGCAGAGGAAACGCCUGUUACGAAUACGAGUCUCUCGAACAGUUUCAUCAACAGCAGUUUCCUUUCGAAUGGAUUUUCUAGUUAUAUUGGUUCAGACAUUUCAGUGAACUUAUCUACAUUGGAGGGCUCAAUCUUUUCAACCAGCGCAUCUCAAUCCUCAUUAGAAGCGGCAGCACCCAGUACCAUUUCCAAUAGCGGACCCACGCCAGUACCCCCCGUACAGCAACAGCCGCCAACCACCUUCACCGUAUACGGGGGGCAGCCCCUCUUGCCACCCCCUAUGCCGCCGUUCAGUAAACCGGAUGGGGGCGGUGUUGCCGGUCGUCAGGACUAUGGCGCGGCACAGACGGAUGCGUACUCUACGCAGGGUUACGCGAGUAGCGGAGGUGGGGGUACUACUAAUUCGGAUUAUGCAAAUGGUUCAUACAGUUCAUCAGUAGUAGCCAAUACUCCCGUUGACCAACCGCCUCCCUCGGUGGCAGGAUUCCUCUCUACUACAGAUAUGGCGCCACCUUUCCUGGACGAAAAUGGCCCCCACCCUCCCGAGGGCUGUAACCCCUACCCCCCGGCAGUGUGCACCAUUGGUGGAGACGAAGAGUACAACCCCGAAGAGGAUGUGUCGCUUGUGGGAUGGGAUGGAUUGGGACCGGAGGACGGGUGCUUCGGACUUGAUGAUGUGGCCUCACCGUUCCCAGACGCGCCUCCCAGUCAUCCUCCUGAUGGAUGUAAUCCCUAUCCUCCCGAAGCACCAGCCAAUAAUCAAGAGCACAUUACAACUGAAAAGGUUCCUCUUUUAGGAUGGGAAAAUCAAGGUGGAGGUUGGCCGUCUCAACCACCCGAUAUGCUGUUGGACACACCCGAGAGUCCUCCCAACUUCGAAAAAGAGGGCUACGGUGAUCCAGUGGAGUACAGGGACGGGGACGGAUCGGUGUUGGAUGCACAUACGGCGGCUGCGGGCGAUGUCGACCAUAGGGUGAUGCCUAGAGGGAUGGGAGAUCACAUAGAAGACUCAAUGGGUAGCUUGGGCGGUAAAGAUGUUGAUCAUCGCAAUUUAAUAAGUCUGACAGGGUCACCUGGUAAUUCAAAUUCACAAAACUCGCCACAGAACUGGAACAACGGUACUGCAGAUCAGGAUUACCGCUUGCUUCCUCCGACGGCAACAUCCGGCGACUCCAACAAUCACCAUCAACCAGGCAGCGCCCCCGUACUAGACCACGACUACCGCAUGGGCUUCAACUUGGAACAACUGAAACUUCCCCCACCACCUCCGCCUCCUCCAUCGAACAAGUUUGGCGAACCGCCCCCGCCGCUGCCACCGGACGCUAUGUUGAAGUCGCCGCCCCCACAACCGCCCCCGCCGCUGAUACAGCAUGGUGGCGCCGGCGAUCAACUGUGCGACGGUAUCGAUAUGGAUAACAUAGAUAUGGAUCUUAGCGAUGAGGAUGCUGUACAGCAUACUAGUGCGAAUUGCGGCAAGAAUGAGAACCUGAAAGUGAUAGUGGAUCCCUCAAACUCUGAUUCGCCCCAAAACCAACAGAACAUGCUGCUGGAACCUCCACCUCCUCUUCCCGACUUGCCAGAUGACGUGGACGCCAAUAACUUCCUCGAUGAUCUAAGUAACGACCUCCAUGAGUUCGAGAGCUUAUCGGCGGACGGAUUGGAUACCAGCAGUCUGGGGAUUAUCUCGUCAACAGAUGUCAACUCAGAUAAAGGGGGAAUAUUUUCGACACCGUCAAUGGCCGACCCGCCUCCACAAGGCGUACCACCCCCCACAUGGCAACCAUCAGGCGGACAAGCUCCCAUGUUGCCACCUCCGUCGUUAGCCGGCUUCAACGAUAUGCUGCCCAUGGCGAUGCCGCCCCCACCUAUGGGCAGUCUUCUGCCCAUACCUCAGCCCCAACAGCCGUACAUGGGCGAAGCGCCGCCUUCGUGGCCCAUGGAUGACGAUAUGCAGCAACAUGAUUGGAUGGGCGGCGGGCUCAUGAUGGAGGACAGGGAUCAGCAGUCGUGGCAGCAGCCGCCCCCGCAUCUCGCGUCGCCCCAUAACGGGCAGUUCAUGCAGUUCGGUAGGGGCGGGAGGGGGAUGAGUAGGGGCAGCCCGGGAUUUAAUAAGAGAGGAGGAAGAGGAAGGGGUGGCAAUCGAGGUGGAGGCAAUAUGAUGUUCCGCGGUGGCGGUGUCAACAGCAGUCCACGGGGUGGUCAAAAAGGCAACAGAGGUGGACCACAACAGUGGAAUAACAAUCGAGGACUAUUCCAUAGGAACUUUAGGGGCGGGUUUUAGAAUUCCAAUCAAUGAGUAUGUUCAAGAAACGAAAGCGACUGAUGUCAGUGACUAUUUGAAUCAUAUGGACACUGUCUGAAAAAUACCGCUUGCGUUCCCUGAAUUCAUGAUAUAUUUAUUUGUUGAUUGCGCAACUCAGAUUCAAAUGCCGAAUUUAGUCAAAUUAUGACUAAUAAAAUCAUGAAUGUACUCCUCUAAGACAGAGGAAUGUUUGAGGAGCCGUUCAUUUUUAUAUAUAUUGUAUUGGAAGUAAUAAGUUUGGGAUACUUAGUCUAGUCAAGUAAUUUCUAAUUUAUCCUAUAUCUACGAUGAAAGAAUGCUAUAACCUACCCUAGAUGCAUUUAUUAAGCAUUCCUUUGCUACUUUAAACAUUUAUUUCUUAUAAAAUUGAUAAACAUUUUUAAAACUCAUCUUGUGAUUGCCUCUCUGAUCAGUCUUCCUUAAUCUGGUCAAUAAACCUCGGAUGAUGAAUUAGUAGUAUUGCGAACGUCUAGACUGCCUUGGUAGCCCUUUUUAAAUUACACUAUCACAAUACUCCAGUUUAUCUCUUUCCGUGUCUCUCUUGUCUUCUUUCGUGCGGUAUCUGGGCAUUCGGAACUAACAGGUGAUCAUCAAAACCAACGAACUCGAAUAGAUUGGGAGUCAAGCCUAUAUGUUGUGUUGUUUCUCCCAAAAAUUACGUAGUUUUAGUGCAUACUUUUGAGAUAUUUUACUACCAUGCCUAUCAAAGUGACAACAUUGUAUCGACAUAAUAAUAAUAAUACUUACCGGUGGAAAGAUGUACCAUCAUUAGGCUUGUGUCUGUCUUUGCAAAUUUUGGAAGGAGUGCCAUGUCCUGAAAUGAUCCAACACCACAAUUAUACGUAAACACCCUCAAUUAAUAAAAAUACGAAUUUAAUGACUGUCAAAUAAUUAACUUAUGUCAAGUCCACUUGUAGUAUGCACUUUCAACCUGACUACAGACUGACAUUUUGGAGACAAACAAAUCGUAGGCUUACUCCUAUUUAUUCCUGUCAGAUAGACCCGCCUGACUUUGGCCUCCCAUCCUCACCGAGUCGAACUUCCUACAUCCAGAACUGGCCGCUUGUCGGAACCUAGUGUGGCGAGAUUGUAGAACAAUCCACAAGAUGAAGCUUUUCCCAGUUCUACUAACGUUUGGCAGUUUUCAGAGGUGCUUCAGAAAAAAAAUUUUAAGUGAUGCAUGAAAUAUAACUAUUCAGGUAUUUGGAUAUUUGGCAUUUGAGUCUGAAGCUUUUUUCGUAGUAACGAAUUUACUUAUUUUGACCUAACCUAGUGCAAACAAAACUUUGUUCUCCAAAUAGUAAUAACGAUAAUAUUGUUCUCCAAUAUCAGUUAGUUUUUAAAAUAAUUGCAUGAUGGUUUCUGGCCUGUAUGAUAUGAAUCAACUCUAUAGUCCAGGAACUAAAUUACAUCAGGCCAGUAAAAUGCAUUACUACGGAAAAUGCAUAUUCAAACAGAUAUGCUGCUAAAGUUCAUCACCAGUAACAUUAAUUCUGGUCAAAAACUAUUAGCUAUAUCUAAUACUUUAAUUCCUUUUUUGCUGUAAUAUUAAGCUAUACAGUGUAGUUUUGAACUUGCAGAUACAGUUUUUUUUUUUCAUAUACACAUUUCUCUUGAUUUAAUCAUCGUGGUGUGAUAUACAUUUGUCGGUACUUUCAGAAUCCCAGUCAUAUUUUGCAGGGAUUAAGAGUGAAUGGGAUAAUUAUAUUUGUAUGAUUUUGAUUUGUAGAUUGUAAUCUGAGCUAAAACCUUAGUUUAUUCAAGGUUCGUCAAAAUUAGUUGGUCGAUAGAUAUUACGAUUCGGCGAUAGAUGUGCAAAAAGUACAAUGAUGUAAAUAUUUUUUAUAAAAGCGUCUGUAUUGGGCGAGAUCAUGAUGUUAUGUAUAAAAACGAACAGUGAGAGACCCUAUGUUAUUGACAAAGAGUUUCUAGGAAACCGAUUUAUUAAAAUUGGUUUUUAAUAAAUACAUGUUGUUUACGUUUCA